AUGAAUAGUGAUUUUAGUACAGAUAAUGAAAAAUCAUUAAGAGAUGUUUAUAAAGAUCUACUGAUGAAGAAGUUGGAUACGUCUGUCUACGACGAAGAAUCAUCUGCUCUAUCCAGUCCUUCUUCUGCAUCAGAUAGUGAUGAAGGUUUUGAAACUGAUGACAAUGGUACUUAUUCCACGUCAGACCUUGAUUAUGAAUCAUACGAUGAUACUCCCAUUAAUACGAAUUCAUUUGAAAUCGAAAAAGUGUAUAUGCCUUUUAAACAAUUAACGACCAAGCAAUGGCUAAUAUGUGCUGUUAUAUUCUUUGUCACAAUAGCAUUAAUGAGUCGUAAUUCUAACGGAGCGACAACGGCAACGUCUGUCGAUGACCCAAUAUACCAUUCUUUAGCAAUCCUUCAAAAGCAAUUGAAUCAUCUUCAUGUUGAAGUGGAGCAACAAGGCAACAAAAGGAAAACAGAAAGCGAUAAAAGGAUAAGACUCCUGAUUUUACAAUUGGAAAAAAAUAUAAGAAGACUCAUACCUACAAAUCACAAGAAAAUGAAGACUGAAAUUGAGAACCUAGAUUCAAAAGUUCAAGAACUGUCGAGAUUUGUAUCGACAAAUGCACAGGUGAAAAUGAAGGAUGAUGAAUCUCAUUACCUAAUGCCUCCUGGUUCAAUCCCUGUUGUAGUUGGCAAUGACACCGAAAGUAUAUCCUCCUUAUUGAUAAGACCGUCUAGCUAUUCUAGUAUUACCGAAUUCUUGCACCUCCUCAAGAGAUAUCUCAAUGUGCAAAUGUCGACGAUGGAAGAACAGAGGAAAACUCAAGUUAUAAAGUUUAUACGGGAAGUAAUGGAAAGACAAUAUCAAUAUUUUAACCGUGACCAAUUUGAUAAUGUCUUAACAGAUGUCCUAAAUCAAACAAAUAGUAAAUUUGACACUAAAUUCGAAUUGGAUUUAGUGCAACUAUACAAGGAUGCGAAACAGUCGCAUCUACAAAUGGAAGAUCCUGACGUAUCGAUGAGAACGAAAAUCAACCAUCUCGUCGAGUCACAAUUAAACCAUUUACAAGGUUCUCAUGCUAACUUUGCAACAAGAUCUCAAGGUACAAGAUUGCUAACAGAAUUAACGUCCGAUACGUACAUGAAUGGCAACAAUAUAAACCCUGCACACCUUCUCUGGGACUCUGAAUUGCCACUUUAUUGGAUGUGCUAUGAUACUUCCAAGAAAUACCGAUGCACAUGGUCCAUAAUGUUCCAAGAGCCCCUAUAUUUGUCCAAUCUAUAUUACUAUCAUGGUAGAUUUCCCAGAAACCUACAUAUGAUGAACUCGGCACCCAAACAAAUAUCUGUGUAUGUGAAACUUGCAAACGAUGCCCAUGUGCGAACAUUUGUGGAGUUGGCAAGGACAAACGGUGGCGAGACCACUCAUAUCCUACACCAGAGAGACACCUCCUACGUUAAGAUAGCCCAAUUCACAUACAAUAUACACAACAGACAACUCAGACAACAAAUUCCGCUGCCGCGGUGGUUUAUAGCGCAGAAAAAAAUGGUGCAAUCUCUACUUUUCCAAGUGGAUACCAACCAGGGCAACCGCAAGUACACCUCCCUGGGUCAGUUCACUGUCAAUGGGUUGAAACAAGAGGACUUGAGACUAUUGGACUCGAACCAUUUAGCCGCCGACCUUUGA